CAAGAAGAGGCAGUGGCGGUGGCGGCGAGGGUUAAGAGCAGAGGGGCCCCGGGGCUGGAGCGCCCCCUGGUGGUGGGGCUGUGCGGUGCGCUCGGCUCCCCUCGCCAUGAACAUCGACGUGGAAUUCCACAUCCGCCACAACUACCUCUGGGCCCGGCUGCCGGCUAGCGUGAAGCAGGCUCUUGGAAACUCUCAGAGGGAAUAUGAAAGGCAGGUUGUACUCUACAGCAUCCGCAAUCAGUUACGGUACCGGAAUAACUUAGUUAAGCAUGUCAAGAAAGAUGAACGUAAAUAUUACGAGGAUCUGUUAAAAUACAGCCGUGACCACCUGAUGUUGUACCCCUACCAUUUGUCUGACAUAAUGGUGAAAGGACUGAGGGUAACACCGUUUUCGUAUUACACGGGCAUAAUGGAGGAUAUAAUGAACAGUGAAAAAAGCUAUGAUUCAUUACCCAACUUUACUGCUGCUGACUGUCUAAGACUUCUUGGUAUAGGAAGAAACCAAUAUAUAGAUCUAAUGAACCAAUGUAGAUCUUCUAAGAAAUUUUUCAGAAGGAAAACUGCGCGUGAUCUGUUACCUGUGAAACCUGUGGAAAUUACCAUAGAAGCUUGGUGGGUUGUGCAGUCUGGCUACAUCACUGAGGAUGACAUCAAGAUUUGUACUACAUCGGAAAAGUCUGCUAUUGAUAAGAUAAUUGAUUCAGGUCCUCAGCUUGCUGGUUCACUGGACUUCAAUGUAGUUCACAGCUUGUAUAACAAGGGAUUUAUUUACCUUGAUGUACCAAUAUCUGAUGACAGCUGUAUAGCAGUGCCACCACUUGAAGGUUUUGUGAUGAACAGAGUGCAAGGUGAUUAUUUUGAAACACUCCUGUACAAGAUUUUUGUUUCAAUAGAUGAACACACUAAUGUGGCAGAGCUUGCAAAUGUCCUGGAGAUUGACUUAUCUUUAGUAAAGAAUGCUGUGUCCAUGUAUUGUCGAUUAGGCUUUGCUCAUAAAAAAGGCCAAGUCAUAAACUUGGAUAACCUUCAUCUAUCGUGGAAGAAUGUUCCUUCAGUGAACAGACUGAAGAGUACUUUGGAUCCUCAGAAGAUGCUGCUUUCGUGGGACAGUGGGGAAAACAGAAGUCCUGUACAGGAAGCUGGGUCUUCAGCCACAGAUACAGACACCAACAGUCAAGAUGAUCCAGCUGAAACAGCCAGUGUGAGCAGCCUGAAUCUGUCCAGCGGACACACAAAGCGUAUUGCCUUCCUGUUUGAUUCUACCCUCACUGCCUUUCUAAUGAUGGGAAAUCUUUCACCAAACUUGAAAAGUCAUGCGGUCACUAUGUUUGAAGUAGGGAAACUGUCAGAUGAGUCCCUUGACAGUUUCUUGGUGGAGCUGGAGAAGGUUCAAAGCACAGGUGAAGGGGAGGCACAGCGGUAUUUUGAUCACGCACUUACACUGAGAAACACAAUACUGUUUUUACGGCAUAAUAAAGACUUAGGGGCACAAGCUGUACAGCCUGACCAACCAACUAACGGAUUUCCCUUGGAUCUCUUACGAUGUGAGAGUUUGCUUGGCUUGGAUCCAGCUACCUGCAGUAGAGUUCUCAACAAAAAUUAUACCCUACUGGUUUCCAUGGCACCACUCACCAAUGAAAUUCGACCUAUUAGUAGCUGUACACCCCAGCAUAUUGGACCUGCAAUACCAGAAGUCAGUUCAGUUUGGUUCAAACUGUAUAUUUACCACAUAACUGGACAAGGACCACCCUCUCUAUUGCUCUCUAAAGGAACACGUCUUCGAAAACUUCCAGAUAUUUUUCAGGGUUAUGAUCGCUUACUUAUAACAUCUUGGGGUCACGACCCAGGAGUAGUUCCUACUUCAAAUGUGCUCACAAUGUUGAAUGAUGCUUUAACGCAUUCAGCUGUUCUAAUUCAGGGGCAUGGUAUGCAUGGAAUGGGAGAAACUGUGCAUAUACCUUUUCCAUUUGAUGAAGCUGAGCAGCAGGGAGACUUCUCUCGUGUGAACAUGGGCAUUCAUUCAGCUUUAAAGAUAUUGAGGAACAAGGUAGACUUGCAGCAUUUUUGUGGCUAUGUCACUAUGCUGAAUCCUACAAGUCGACAAGCUAACAGGAAGCUGAGUGAUGCUUCUGAUGGAAGAGGGGAUGUUGAUCUAGCAUCAGGAUCUGAUGUAAACGGGAGUACAGAGUCAUUUGAGAUGGUAAUAGAAGAAACAUCAAUGGAUUCUGCAAUCAAGCAAAGCCUUGAAGGUAAAACUAUGACAAAUAUUUUUAAAUUCUUCUCUUUCACUUUUUACAGCCUUCAAAAACUGUUACAUUCCAGUAGAAAGCUGUCCUUGCAGGUCCUUAAUUUUGUUCAUUCAUUCCAGGAAAGUACUUCAACGCUGGAUCAGCUCCAUGAUGCUGGUUGUUCAAGUUCAAUUUUGCAGCCAACUUCUGCAGAUAUGGGUGUUCCACUUCCUGCCAAGAAUCUCAUGUUCAAAGAAGGUGUAUUAUCUGAAUGGAAUGGACGGUCCCCUUCCUCGGUUUUUAUUUCAACCACUUCUAAGGAACAGGUCAAAUAGAGAUUCUCACACAUUGAUCACUCUAUGCCUUUCUUCUAUUAUGGUUGUUUUAUAGUGCCAACCACUAAGAAGUGUACUGUUGCUGCAGCAUAACCCAUGUAAAAGUAGUGUUACAAAAACGUGCUGUGUUGCAGUAUUGGGGAAUUGCUUAAACUGUCUAGAACUUGUUACUCAUUACUGCGUAUCUUGCUGCAACAGAGAGCUUUUUAGCUGUCAGCACUAUUUUUAUCUUGAGACAAUCUUUCUUUUAUAACUAACCAUGCUGUUUGUAGGCUUUCUGAUGAUUGUUAAAUUUCUAUGCCGUCACCACAGAAUUGCAAUAGUAGUUUUCUAUGUUCGUUACUCAGACAUAAAUUCUGUUUAGUUUUGUACUGUAAUACUGAAAGCCUUUCUGUAUAAAGGUAGGAGAUUUGGCUCUUCCUCUAAAAGCUCAGUGAUACCAACUGUUUAAAAAAUGUAUCAUGGUGAUACGGAGCAUUAAGAAUUGUUGAAUUAUGAAGUUCACCCUAAUACUGUGGCCUUGACAAAUCAGCACAGUAGGAAAUUUGAUGCUUUCAGGGUCUAUGUUAGAGCCGGCUUUAAGCCCUGUUGAUGACUAAGGCCAUUUUGAAGAUGGAUGGUGUGCUUUCAUCUCUGGUAAAAUUCAGUGAAGAUGUGGAAUUGUGGGAAGGCUGAAGUGGUUGGCCCUCUCUGUAGAGUUCUUUAUUAUAAUGGAUUUACUCUGUAUGAAAAGGGGAGAUGGAGAUUUGGGACACGCUGGGAGUUGGUUCCACCUUGUUAUUUGACAUUGCUGAUGAUUGCUGUGAGAAAUCUCUUGACGUUGUAAGUUGAUUUCAAGGUAGAUAACUAGAUAUGUUCUGUUGGUUAAUAUUUGAAAGAGAAGAUCUCUUAAUUUUUUUCAUGACUGUCCUUAGCAAAGGAAGAUAGCAGAAGUUGUGUAGGCAGAGACUUCUCUGAAUCUGUUUUCUUUUCAACCAUUAGCUGUUCGUUCUGACAAACGUUAUCAGCGCACUGUUUCAUCUAAAAUAAUAUUCUGGCUCUAUUUGUAGGGGAUGAUAUUGAUUUCAUUUUGUUUAUAUUGGGCAUUAACAACUUCUUUCCAGCUUAAAUAAAAGUCUGUUCCUUUUAGCACACAAGGAAAUGAGAUGUGGAAUACUAAAGCAUCCAGGUGACUAAGAACUCUGCCAGCUCUCUUCUUUGCUGGAACUGCCUUGCUAUAAAUAAUGUCAAAAUAGGACGACCAUCCUGUCUUUACUAGCCUGCGUUACGUAACGGACCAAGAAUCUGCGGCGUUGAUGAUGCUGGAAAAUAACAAGGAGAAAAAUGACAACGUUUGGGUUUGUAUCCUGUUCUUUGUAGCUGUAAGAAAACAUAUAACAAGUUUGAAAAGGGAAAAUGUACCACAAGAGAAUAAUGCAGCGACUGCAGCUGACACUGUGAAAGUCCCUUUAUUUUCUCCUUGGCAUUAUAUACAUUCCUGAUGUGUAAGUGUGGGACGUGUGCUUUAAGAACUGGAAGUCUGUAGUACUACAGUUUGCUCAUUGCUGCUCUUUUCUUUUUAUGUGUAUUUUUACAUCUGUUGUGUUAUGUAUUUUACCAACAUCAACUGAAUUUAGUAUUCUGCGUGAAUUACAGAGCUAGGUUACAGAAAAUUAUUUACACUACAGUUACUUUUGUACUGGAAGUGCUUAUUUUUUCAUAGUCUUUUUUUAAGUUGUUUUUCCCUCAAAGGAAUUGAAGAGGAACUGAAUGUCAGUCUGCUAGAAAUUGCAGAGAAUAUAGGUUUACUGUGAGUUGUUAUGUGAAGAUUAAUUCAAAAUCGAGCUGUAGGGGAACUAAGCAGUAGAUGAUGAUUUACACUUUCAGUACCAUAGACAAUACUUUCAGUGCUACAGUGAACUGUAAUAGAUGAGCUAGUUUGGCAUACUGUAUUAAAUUUUGCCAUGCACAAUGUCUAUACAAGCACAGAAUUGAUGACAGUACAAGUUAAUCUGCUGUGUGAAAGUCUAAGAAUGGAUUAAAUUUUCUGUUCUCCUCACUGCCUACUCUUCAGUGUUACUGAGUGAAGGAUGUUACUAGGUUCUAAAUAAAAAUAGUCUGCUCUUCAGAGUUGUUUAAUACCCACAAAUCUUGCUGUUAAUGGUGAAAAUUCCAGAUACGUUGGCAAUUUUUAGAAAUCAAACUACUAUAAUUUAGGAGCUUCAACACUAGUUUAGAGCUUGAAUGUUCAAGUCUUCAUAUUUGAAGUUUACUGAAUAGAUUGCAACCAAAGAAGUCCACAAAAUACCUGAAACUCUACUACGGCUCCAGUGCUUGGGAUGGUCCAGAGACUCAAAGUAUGUGAUUUUCGUUUUAAAUGUGGUGUAAAAAAUAAGGUCUCCAAGAUCUUCAUACCAAAAGAAUCUAUUUUAUAUUGUAUCGCAAAUAAAGUCUAAUGAAAUCAGUUUCUUUUUUUCAGGCAGUUUUAUUGAAAGUCGAUGAAAAAUCUCACGCAUUAUAACAUUGCAAGUUGUUUGAAGUUUGUCUUCACAACAUCAAUUUUUAACUUGAGAAGUUGGCUUUGUGCUCUGGCACAACCCAAGUAGUGGUUAUUCUAGAUGAGUGUACUUGGAGGGCUUCAAGAGCCAACUAGAAAGUGUGUGUUACUUGUUCUCAGAUUUCUGAUCAUGAUAUAUUAUUUCUUGUUUUUCUUUUUUCCUUUUCCACCAUUGUUCUCAGAUCUUCCUUUUGCUUGUACAGUAUUCUUGAUGGUUUGUAUUUCGAAGGUUUUUAAAGUAUGGCUGUAACUGAAUACAGUUGAAUUCUUCUGGUGUGACAUUCUUAACAUUAUACAUUGAAAUGUACAGUCUGUGUUCAAUUAAAUUAUUGGCACAUGUAACAAUUGUUUACAAAUAAACUGCCGUAGGUAAAACCA